GGCGUUCUCACAGCUCGCGGCGGACAACCAGUUCGCGACGCUGGGGAUCGUGCUCCUGGGCGCGCUGGCGCAGGUCCACGCGGCGUGCGUGCAGAUCGUCGGCGCCGAGGCCGCCGGCGCCGGCGGGGAGCAGCCGGUGGCGGACGAGGAGGGCGAAGCGGACACGAGGUCGACCAAGACGACCAAAGCUACCGCGGUUCCGGCGGGCGCGGACCGGAUCAUGAAGAAGGCCGCCAGUGCCAAGGCCGUGCCUGGCCUUGGCAUCGGGACCGUGGACGCGGGCGAGGUCGUGUCGCGCGAGGAGAUCGCGGCGGCAGCAAGGCGCGGCAAGGACAAGGCGGGCGCGGGCGCGGCCGAGAGGCGGACCGAGGAGGCCGGCAGCCCGCCGCCGAAGCGCAAGAAGCGCGAGGCCGGGGAGGCCGUGUCCUCUUCUGGCGCGUCGGCGCGUUUGCGUGCCGGGUUGGUAGAAAAGGGGGACAAGGCUGCCAAGGAGGAGAGGGCCAAGGCCAAGAAGAAGAAGAAGGCGAAGAAGGGGGACGAGUUCGACGCCCUGUUCAGCUCUCUGAUGUGA